AGAGCCACUGAGCGGACCAUGCGGCUGUUCACCGUCUCAACUUUGCUCCUGUUCUUCCUCAGCUCAGGACUGGCUCUGCAGAUUCAGUGCUAUCAGUGUGAGGAGAUGACACACGACUGCGCCACGCCAGAGUUCAUAGUCAACUGCACCGUGAACGUGCAGGACAUGUGCCAGAAGGAGGUUCUGGUGAAGGAUGAUGGGAUACACUACCGCAAAUCUUGCGCCUCGUCAGGAGCCUGUCUUAUCGCCUCGUCUGGUUACCAGCAGUUCUGCACCGGCAAGCUCAACUCAGUGUGCAUCACCUGCUGUAACACACCGCUGUGCAACGGACCACGGCAGAAGAAACGACCCCAACCGUCGGCGGCCAUUAACCUGACCACGCCUCACCUCUCCGUGUUUUCUCUCUACGUUCUCCUCCUACUGUCCUCCACCCUGUGCUGACAGACCUUCACACACUGAGUUAACAUGUGUUUUGACAGUGGUGACAACAUGAACUGGAACUGUAUUAACUAACUGAGACAGUGAGGAAUACAUACUGUGAAAUGUAUAUUCUUUGAGGCGUGUGGACGCUUUGUACAUUACUCAUUCUCUCAACUCCCUUUCUGUCGCAGCUUGCCUCCAAAGGUAAUUUGGGGAAUUGUUUUUAUCAUCACAUGUGUCAUGUCACAAACAUGGUCAAGGUGCAGCUACAAGGGCACAUGGGUAAGGUCAGAUGAAGGACAGAGCGGCGGAUGGAACAGCUUCUGGCUAUUUUGUUGGGCAGCAGGUGGCUCAUUCGCAUCUGUCUUUGUUUAAUUACACUACAAGGUCAAAUAAGAUAUAUUGCAGGAAAAAUAGUAAAUUCAGAUUCAUUUAUUUUACUGAGUCUGAGGAAAAUCUCUCCAGAAUAAAUAACGCUGUGAUUUAUUGUAGAUCAAUAUGGUAACUGGGACAAUCACAAAUUUUAUUGUAUUGACGGAAUGAAAAAGACAAUGUAUGAUAUGUAUGAGAAUGGUACUGUUUAAUGAUUGGGUGCAGUCAGGAAAAAGGUAUCGGAUGAAGAAAAUCGCACAUGCUAGUCAUUAUGUUUAAGCCACCUAUAGCCCUAAAGCCCCUCACAGAUACAGCAUCAUCUUAUCAGUGGAGGCCAUGAAAAUGUUUUAUACCAAUACUUUCCUCCAUUAGUUCUGUAACAACACUUUCUGUCUGCUCACAAAAUUUUACAUAAAGCUGCAAAAGCACGUUGAAACACACACACCUUUUUCAAACUAAUUACCACAUUUUCUUUGCAUCUAUAAUCACUUAAACCGUUUGCAUUGAGGUUGAGCAGCAGUAGUACAGUGAGUGUGUGGUGCAAUUAGGGGCAUCUAGAGUGGCUACAUGUUGGUGACUGCUGAUGGACUUUAAAGAAAGAGUUCUGAAGUUACCCUGAAAGUUAUGCUUGUUCCCUACGAUCAGGGAAUAUGUCGUAUGUUAAGGCGUAAGAAUACAGACCUUGUCUGAGUUUAUUUUAGAGCCAAAUAUAUUAUGACAAGACGUAAUGUGAUCUGCGAAACAUACAAGUUGUUGGUGAAGUCCAUCAGAAUGUGAUAUUCCGUUGCUUUUGCAGUGGUUGAGUUGUUGGUUUGGAGGUGACCUGAACCUUAAAGGUACCCUGUGGAGUGUGUACUGUAGUGUCAACAAACAUGUCAAAUGCAUUUUUAAAGCCAAUAUUAAGCCAAGAUCUGCAUGGCCAACGUCAACGUAAACACCAGCUUACUGUGCUCUUCUGCCUCAUCUUUGCUGAGCAUUGCUAAGUAUAUUGUUGCUUUGAUGCCACCAGCCGUCAGUGAGUGCAAUAGGUUGAUGCCAAAGGACUUAAUAUUUCUUGCAAGACAUGGAUGUAUUAAGAGGAAGUGAUUACAAAAUUGUUUUAGAUGGCCACCAGGUUCAUAUUAUGCUUAUUUUAAGGAACACACUGUUCUCCCAAGAAAAACGCCCCAAAACAACACACGUUUACAGAUAAAGUGACAGCGCCCUCUAGCAGCAAACAAGGAAGUCAGGUGGCGUUGUUAUAGAGCAGUGUUUCCCAAACUUUUUUUCAGGGGACCAACUUUUGACAAACCAUCAUGAUACAACUCAAAAUAUGCUUUAUCUGUAAAUCAUGAUAGGAUCAAAUUUUUGCUUUAAUUAAUGUUCCUGACCAUUCUUACUACUACUUUUCGCAUCAACUUAUAUUAUCUUGAAUAGGUAUAACAGCCAUUCUGACAUCAUAUGUGUUUGAGAAAUCACAACU